AUGGACGUUUCCAGCAUCACAUAUAUCCCCGCGGAUCUGCAGUACAUUCAAUAUGAGCAUGGUUUGGAAGCGGAAUAUCUCCCUGCCAUCCGCUCUUUGAUUGCAAAGGACUUGAGCGAACCUUACAGCAUAUAUGUCUAUCGAUAUUUCCUCUACCAAUGGGGCCACCUGUGCUUCAUGGCAUUGGACCCUUCAGACUCGUCACUCAUCGGCGUCAUUGUGUGCAAGCUGGAAGUACAUUCAUCUCACUCACCGCCAACGCGCCGUGGUUACAUCGCCAUGCUGGCCGUCGCCUCCCCAUAUCGUGGCAAGGGUAUCGCCACGUCCCUCGUCAAGAGAGCCAUCGACGCCAUGGCCCAGCGGAACGCCGACGAAGUUGUUUUGGAAACUGAAGAGACCAACACCCAGGCCAUGCGCCUGUACGAGCGCCUGGGCUUCCUGCGCUCCAAGAAGCUGCACAGGUAUUACCUCAACGGAAACAGCGCCUAUAGGCUGGUCCUGCUACUCAAGACCAUCGACCCGGACGCUGUCCUCGAGGACUCUGAUGGCCCAUCUCCAUGA